AUGGCUGCAAAUACUCGAUCGAAACAACAAGUUAAAAAUGAAUCAACUUCUACUGUGGAGUCUAAUAACAUUUUACCAUCAACACAAUUAGUUGACGAUUCGGAUGAUGAUCAUAAAAAACAAUCUAACAACAUCGUUCAACACACUUUAGAAAAAUGGGAUGCUUAUCGAGAAUAUGAACAACAACAAUUAGAAUCAAUUAAAUUAUUAACUGAAGAAGAAAUGUCGAAUAUUGAUCAAUGGUUAUUAGAUUUACAUCAGGUGUAUGAAGAAUUACGAUACCCGAUGUUACGUCGUAUUUGGCAAACUAUUACUUAUUUACAAGAUGAAGAACGGCUUUGGUAUGAACAGGAAAAACAAGAAAUCAAAAAUGAUUGGCUUUAUUUUUGCAAGAAGUUGAAACAACAUAUUUAUGGUCAAUCGAACAUUAAUAUUAUUUCUUCAAAAGCUCAUUAUUUAUCGUCUGUUAAUGAAAUGACACAAGUGGAACAAUUUUCUUUGACUAAGUCUUCGUCCAUUGAAAUUAAUUCAUCAUUAUCAUCAGCUCUUUCCAUUACCAUGGCGAGGGAGAUUAUCAAGUCUCCAACAUAUUUUCGUGGUGCAAAGGAUGAUGUUAUCGAAUGGUUAGAAAAAUUAGAACAACGAUUUACAAUGGCUAAUUGGCCUGAUGAAUUUAAAUUACAAUAUAUAUCGAUUCAUUUACAAGAAGAUGCUUAUCGUUGGUGGUAUCAAUCAUCAGCAAAAAUUACUAGUUGGUCAAGUUUCGUCGAAGCAAUUAAACAAGCUUUCGGAUCAACCAAAAUGAAAGAAUUCACAUUUGAACAAUUGCGAACAUAUAAACAAGCAAUUAAUCAGUCUAUUACACAAUAUUAUGACAAAAUUAUUGAAUUAUGUAAAAGAGUUGAUACAUCAAUGACUGAUUCUAUGAAAUUACAAUAUUUAAUGGCUGGUGUUAAACAAUCAUUAAAAUUACAUAUUGGAUUAUACGAUCCACAAUCUCCUGAAGCAUUUUUAUCUUAUGCUAGGAAACUAGAAGAUACAUUAUCAUUAACCAAUACAGAUUAUGAUUUGAAUCAAUAUGAUAAUCAUCAGAAUACGAGUUAUGAUUGUCAACCAACAACAUCAACAAUUAAUUCUCGACAAGAUGUUGAUCAGCAACGUACUGAUGUUCAUCAAUCACAACUACAAACUUCUACAUCAGGUCAUAUGAAUAAUUUUCGUAAUAAAAAUGUUUCAUAUUCUAGAUUAUCAAAAAAUACAACGUCAAAAAGGGCAUCAGGUGUUUGUUAUACUUGUGGGACUCCCGGACAUUAUUCACGGGAUUGCGCCCGUUCAUUUCCAUUAAGGGAAGCAUCGAUUGAUGGUGUUGCUUCCAAGAAU